AUACUGCUGUUUUACGUUGUCAUAAUGCGUCUAAUCCCUUAAAUGAACUUGAUUUGAGUAGGGAACAAGUCACGAUUGACAUUUCAAGUGGGACUACUUCAGACUCAUAAUUUCGCACAAUUUUUCACAAUAUUAUCAUUCAAAAAUGUUAAGCCAAGCUUCCUUUGCCAACGCAAAGAUGAUGGAGGACAACCGAUCCAUGCACGAGGACCGGCUGGACAUGAAGCGUGGGGGCGGCGGGGGUGUAAAAUGCGAGGACUCGUUCGCCACCCUCUACAGCCUCCACUCCUCAGACGCCGCCUUAUCAGCUGCCGUCGGAGGGCCCGGAUUGUCCAGAACGCUUUCAGACCACUCUGGACAAGAAAUCGGUGCUUUCAAGAAGUUGAAGUCGGAGAAUUCCUCAGGCCUGGGAAUGGGCUCAGGUGGGGCGAACCACAGCCAUACUCCAACGUCCUCCACCUGCCCGACCCCUGCGAGACGAAGGCAUCGAACGACUUUCACCCAAGAACAAUUAGCCGAAUUAGAAUCUGCUUUCUCCAAAAGCCAUUACCCAGACAUUUAUUGCCGGGAAGAGCUUGCUCGGACCACGAAGCUUAAUGAAGCCCGGAUACAGGUUUGGUUUCAAAAUCGUCGAGCCAAAUAUCGAAAGCAGGAGAAACAGCUCCAAAAGGCGCUGGCCCCUUCGGUCCUCCCUUCAUGCAAUGGGUCGAUGAUGCGAAAUAUAUAUCCCACAGCCAGUCGUGGAUACCAGCACUACCCACAUGCUAACAUCAACUCCAUCAACACUAUGAAUCGCUACCCUCAGAGCGACAACCUAUUUCGGCAGAUGACGACGGGAAGUGGUUAUCCAUCCAUGGCCCAUUCUGCUCCUUUCUCGAUGCCCCACUCGGCCAGCAACAUGUCCUCCGUGUCGGGCAUAAGACAAGAUCCCAUGGCUUGGUUUACAUGCAACAGGGAUGAACCCGGUGGAGGAAGAAUGGUACAUCAACAAGAGCCUCUCAUCUCUCCGUAUGAAUACUUCUCAUCAUCAUCCAAACUUGGCAACCACCCCGAUGUUACAAUACCAGACAUAAGUCUCCCUCCCAGCUACGCCGCCAUCGCCGCUGCUGCCGCCGCAAAUGUUUCCGGAAAUGGAGGGGGUGUGGGUGGUGGGAUGAACGGUUCUGUUGGCACGAACGGCAAUGGGACGUCCUCGUCCUCCUCCUCCUCCACAAAUCCAGUCCCAACCUCGGCCACCGGAGGCUAUCCUCUCUACUACCACGAGUACUAUUUCAACAAAGAAGACAGCUCCACGUCCCCACCCAACAGCAACGGCAGUGCAGCGUAAUGGGCUACAAAUCUCCUUAUCCAAACUACAGAUAUGCUAAUCUUAAGGGCAGUAAAAAGAAUAAAAGAGUAAUGUAUCGGCAGGAUUUUGUAAAGUGUGUGGUGAAAUAUAUAAUUUAAUCAAAUUGUAUUUUAAAUAUGACAACCUCCUAGUUUGCAAAAUGACAGCGUGUGUGAGUGUGAUGUGAUUUUUCGUCAGCAAGUGUAGUGGAGAAUAUGUAACUAAAACUAAGUAUUUAAACUAUAACCUCUGAUCUUUAUUACGAUUACCUCUUGUGGUACUAGUCCUCACUUAUGUAUUCUUCUAUUCUAGUCUAAAUAGUCCGACGAGUGACAAUGGUUUCAAUUUUAGCAGCAGCAAAACUACAAAUGCAUUUGGUUCCGAUUCACAUCUUUUUAUUUAUUAUUUCCUCCACGUUUGAUAAUAAUUUGAUCACCAACAAGGCUCACAUGCAAAAUGUCAUGUCAGCCAAGCAGUGGACACUGAAAUGGUGUGUUACGUCGUGCGGUGCGAGUGAUGCACAAACGCUUCAAGAGAAAUUUUGAAAGUGAAACCUCUUCUUUUUUUGCAAUUGAUUGGAUUUCGCCUCACAAUCAAAUUCCUGUAUCUGCGCAUACGUUGGAAAGUUAUGAAUUUUUGAAUGGUGGAGUAAUGGAAUGUAUGUAGACAGAUGUUUGUCUUGUUCCUGUCUACAACUUCUCAAAGAUCAAUGCUGUAAUUUCAGCUAUUAUUUCAUGAUCAAGUUUUAUUGGGUAAAAACAGGAAUGGAGUCACAUAAUAGAUAUGCUCACCCACGAUCUCAAAUCCUUUUAAAACAACCAAGUUUCUACAGUAUUGCAUUAUUUAUUGUUGUUUAUUUUACAAAACUACUUUAUGCUAAAUGAGCCAUAUUUUAGUAAAAUUGAACCAAUGGCAUCAGGUCACAGUCAAGCUAAUUUCCAUCCUGGUUGCCAAAUAUUUGAUGUUUGUAGCAAAAAAAUACGUAAAACUUACUUAAUAUAUAAUGUCCAAUGUGUAAUUUUUACUGGAAAGUUAAGAUAAAAGAAAGUGAGGAUUUGCAGUUGAAGACAUUCAGUAAGUGUAAUAAUAACUCUGUAAUAGGCGUAAUUUAAGGUUUUACUUUGCCGCGUGGCAAAAAUUUUCUAAUAGGUUCUGCAUUUCCUUAAGUAGUAUCUAAUUAUUCAAUUGAGGCAUAAUUAGCUCCUAAGUUAUUGUAAUCUAAGGUACGUGUAAUGUACUUAAGUACUAGCAAUAAGUGAAUAAAAUUAAUAUUGCCCAAU